AAGCCUUAGCUAAAAAAAAUUGAAUAUUGUCACUCUUCAUAAUGGAUAGAGUAAAGGAUUUAUCAUCAAAGAAAGCUGCGGUUAUAUUUACAAAGAGUUCAUGUUACAUGUGUCAUAGCAUCAAGCAACUUUUCUAUGAGCUUGGAGCAAGUCCUGCAGUAUAUGAACUGGACAAUGAUUCAUCAUAUGGUAAGGAAAUGGAAUGGGCUUUGAAGGGUAAUUUUGGAUGUAACCCUUCAGUUCCAGCAGUGUUUAUAGGUGGAAAAUUUGUAGGAUCUUCCAAAGAUGUUAUAUCUCUACAUGUUGAUGGAUCUCUCAAACAAAUGCUUAUGGAUGCAAAAGCCAUUUGGUUAUAACUCUUUAAUAGUAUAUACCAAAACUGGAGUUCUUAUAAUGUUUCAAUAGGACACAUCUGGUUUUUCUUGACUGUGUUCCUGUUUAAUUUCAGUUUAUCAAGUCUGUAUAAAUUUUUUCGAUUUUUCGGGUAUUUUCUAAAAGGCUGUUUAUAAGAUAUAAGUUGAUAGUAAGGGCGCGUGGUCAAGUGCACGAGGCUCUACGAAGUGGAGCCUGAGGAGGGUCGUGACUUAUCGGUCACGAGACAAGAAU